CCCUUCCCCACCCCCAGGCCCGGCCCAGCCAUGGCCGCCCGCGGCGCGUUCCCGCUCAGCCCUCUGCCUCCUUCCGCCGCCGCCGCUCCUCCGCCUCCGGGACCCGGACCCGGUAUGAUGAGAGGCCCCAGUCCGUCUCCGGCUUCCGCGGCCGCCCCGGGAUACCGCCCGAUGGGACCUUCGGGAGCACAGUACCAGCGCCCCGGGAUGCCGCCAGGCAGCCGCAUGCCCAUGGCAGGGCUGCAGGUGGGACCUCCAGGAGCACCUCCAUAUGGAGCAGCAUCCCCUCUGCGACCCGGCCUGCCACAGUCCAUGAUGGACCCCUUCAGGAAGCGCCUGCUGGCUCCCCAGUCACAGCCACCCAUGGCCACCCAGAGGAGAGGGGUUAAAAGGAGGAAGAUGGCUGACAAAGUCCUGCCACAGAGGAUCCGGGAACUUGUCCCAGAAUCCCAGGCCUACAUGGACCUCCUCGCCUUUGAGCGCAAGCUGGACCAAACCAUCGCUCGGAAGAGGAUGGAGAUUCAGGAGGCCAUCAAGAAACCACUGACGCAAAAGCGGAAGCUGAGGAUUUACAUCUCCAACACUUUCACCCCGGCCAAAGAAGAAGGAGAGGGUGGUGAGCGUGUGGCCUCUUGGGAGCUACGUGUGGAGGGCAAACUGCUGGAGGAUCCAAGCAAGCAGAAGAGGAAGUUCUCCUCCUUUUUCAAGAGCCUCGUCAUCGAGCUGGACAAAGAGCUGUACGGGCCAGACAACCAUCUGGUGGAGUGGCACCGUCUGCCCACGACCCAGGAGACUGAUGGCUUCCAAGUGAAGCGUCCUGGAGACGUCAAUGUGAAGUGCACCCUGCUGCUGAUGCUGGAUCACCAGCCACCACAAUACAAACUGGACCCUCGCCUGGCUCGCCUGCUGGGGGUGCACACCCAGACCCGUGCCAGCAUCAUGCAGGCGCUCUGGCUUUACAUCAAGCACAACAAGCUGCAGGACAGUCACGAGAAGGAAUACAUCAACUGCAACCGCUACUUCCGCCAGAUCUUCAACUGUGUCCGUAUGCGCUUCUCUGAGAUCCCCAUGAAGCUGGCAGGGCUCCUGCAGCACCCAGAUCCUAUCAUCAUCAACCACACCAUCAGUGUGGACCCCAAUGACCAGAAGAAGACUGCCUGCUAUGACAUUGACGUGGAGGUGGAUGACCCCCUGAAAGCUCAGAUGAGCAACUUCCUGGCUUCCACCACCAACCAGCAGGAGAUCGCCUCACUGGAUGCCAAGAUCCAUGAGACCAUCGAAUCCAUCAACCAGCUGAAGACACAGCGCGACUUCAUGCUGAGCUUCAGCAACAACCCUCAGGAUUUCAUCCAGGAGUGGAUCAAAUCGCAGAGGAGGGACCUCAAGAUCAUAACAGAUGUGAUCGGGAACCCUGAGGAGGAACGGCGAGCUGAGUUCUACCAACAGCCCUGGGCGCAGGAGGCUGUGGGCAGACACAUCUUUGCCAAGGUCCAGCAGCGUCGGCAGGAACUGGAACAAGUGCUUGGGAUCCGCCUCACUUAAGAGGCCAGCAGGGCUCAGGAGCUCCUCCUCCUCUCCCUGCUGCCUGAGCCUGACGGUACUUCUUACUGGAAUCAAAUACAGCACUUGCACAAACCCUACGUGCCUGGAGGGAUUUGGAGCCGCUCGCACCCCUGGGCUCCCCUCAGCCAGGAAGCUCUCGCCACAGGCAGAGCAGCAGAGGUUCCCCCGAUUCUCCCUGCCCUCAGCCCUGCUGCAUUAACAUGUCCUUGCUUUUGCAUUGCGCCGUUUGCCUCUGCCUGUAGCAUCGAAUGCAGCCCUCUGUGAGCACGCUCUGUCCCGUCCCCUUCUUGCCCUGCCUCUGGCCAAAGCCCUCCUGGCAUUGCUGACUGCCCUGCCAGCCCUCCCCA